UCCCCACCCCCGCUGCGACGCUCCGCGUCUUCUAAACUAGUGGUCGCGGGAGAGAUACGGGGGAAGAGGGGGAGGGGGAGAGGCUCGACGUUAACACAAUAUCUGGGGGAUAUUACAGAGACUAAAGUCUGGCUUUUAUAUCGGGAAAAACAUAUGCUAAAUGGAUCUGAAUUAAACGCGUUUCAUCCAUGUUCUAGGAAGGUUGGCGUCCGGCAGAACGACCGAAUCAGCACCAUGGACAGCGACCGUAGUUUGGAAAGAAUUGAAGUUCACCAGCUUCCUCUUCAGGAUGGCCAGUCAGCGCUAAGCUAAUUAGCUGGGUGUAGCAGGUUUGACUGGAGGAAGAGGUGCCAGAGGCACCAUGGMAGAUGGAGGAGCCCUCCAUACGGAGGGGAACGCCCUCCUCAAAGCCGUCUUCCAGGGCAAGCUGCGACUGACCCGGCUCCUCCUGGAAGGGGGWGCCUACAUCAACGAAGGCAACGAGCGGGGCGAGACCCCCAUCUCUGCUGCCUGCCUGGCUGGCUACGAGGACCCCCAGAGCCGCCAGAGGAUGGUGCGCUACCUCCUGGAGAAAGGAGCCGAUCCCAACAUCCCAGACAAGUCUGGGCGGACCGCCCUGAUGCAUGCCUGUGUCGAGCAGGCGGGCAAAGAGGUGGUGUCCCUGCUCCUAGAGAAUGGAGCUGACCCCAGCCUCAAGGACUACACAGGCUCCUCCGCCCUGGUCCAUGCCAUCAACAGAGGUGACCGAGACACCCUCCAGGUCCUGCUGGACGCCUGCAAGGCCAAGGGCAAGGAGGUGAUCAUCAUCACCACCGACACGUCACCCUCGGGUACCAAGAAGACCAAGCAGUACCUCAACUCCCCCCCAUCACCAGGGGUGGUGGACAAGCUCUCGCCCAUGGCCUGCAUGUCGCCCUCAGAGGUGGCGAUCCAGACCUCCAAUUCCCCAGCAGCAGAGAAGUCUGAGGAGGAGGACAGUAUCUUCAGCUUUGCGUUGACAUCAGCUUUACCCCUACCCUCCAAUAGAACCCUAGGGGAGAAAAGGCCGCCCCCCCGCAAACUCCUGAAGAGGCUCAACUCGGAGCCUUGGGGGCUGGUAGCACCCUCAGUGCUCAGCAGGGUCCCACAGGAGGGGGUUGAUGGUGGACUGGAGGAGGAAGGUGGCGGUAGGAUCAUCACUGAGAUGAAUGGUCUGUCAAUCUCGGGUCCUGGCAGGCCUCUCCUGUCUCGUCGGCACAGCAUCGAAACACACGACCCCUGCUCACCCAAACUCAUUGACCGAUCCUGCUCAGAGGACUGUGCAGCCCUUUGUAGCUCCUCCUGGGCCGACAAGGUCCAACAGCACCAGAUCCUGUACCGCAGGAACACCGCGCCUGAGUCUCAGGAAAAUACAGGCGUACCAGGGGCAGUGGCUUUACGCGCCCUGGCUCACCCCAAACUUACCCGUAUGGAGCACUAUGAGUCAGACACACACCUGUGUCCUGAGUCCAUCCCUGGAUCUCCAGACUCGGGGCGCGUGUCAGUGGAGCGGAGGAAGUACAAUGCCUCGCCCCUCUCUCUGCUCACCACCUCCUCCCGGGAGUCCCUUGAGAGCAUCCCCAAUUCUGUCUCCCCCAUCACCAUGCGCAGACGGRCCCCKGGCCUCCUGGAGCGCAGAGGCUCAGGCACCCUCCUCUUGGACCACAUCUCCCACACCCGCCCCGGGUUCUUGCCCCCACUCAAUGUCAACCCCCACCGGCCCAUCCCAGACAUCCGGGCCAAUGGCAAGCCCACUUCCCCCYUCCACUCUGGUCCCAAGAUCCUGGUUCCAGUUGCCCCUGCCUCACCCAAGAGAGGCCCAGACUUCAAGAUGAAGAAGAAACUGAUGAGGAGGCACUCCAUGCAGACGGAACAGAUGAAGCAGCUCUCCACCUUCCAGGAGAUCCUGACAGAGAAGGUCAUUGAGUCCAACGGGGACUGAGACUUAAAAGGACAUGUGAGGGCAAGUUGGGGGGUACAGUGGUGGAUCACAUCUAUCUAGUUAGUCCACCAUUUUCCUCAACCAGUGCUUAAAUGAAUUUGGCUCAUUCAGAGUGAGGCCUCAGUCCCAUCCUUGUUCUGUGUCAAGUGCAGAUGGUUAUUUUUAUUUUUAGGUGACCUAUUUUCAUUUGUUGUGUUUCCUUUCUGUGCUGUCACAGAAAGCUGGUUGAUUGAGUAAUACGGUUUACAGCAGAUGUUCUUUUCAUUUCUCCUCAAAUUAUUUAUUAAUAUACCAUUUGCAGUCAACAGAAAUAGAAACAUAUUUCUGUGGUUUUAGAUGUUUACACACCGCAAAAUGUGCACCAAUGUCAUGCCUAUUGUUCCYUGUGCUGAAGACAUUUUCGUCCCCUCUGAAAUCAGUCACCUUAUCUAUCUAUGACACUUUAGGUCGAAAGAACAAAUCAACAGUAGAGAUGCUAGCAACAGCUUACCUUGAAUUGUUAUUCUGAAUGUGCUGUCUUCUCGAUUUUCAAUUCUUGCAUUAGCUGCUUUAAAACGUCAAACUUCAACCCUAAAAUGCUCUUAUGUUGAUGGGUAUGUUUGGAGGAGAAUGAUGCUGCAUUCCAUGAAAUAGUUUAAGACAUAGUUCCCGAAGAUUUCACUGUCAUUGUAUUGUUGCUGUUAUCUACUUUCACUGUAUUUAUUUGCCUUCACCUUUUAAUCACUUGAGAUUUCGUGUUUUAGAGAGCUAUUUUGGCUAUAUGGUCGAACCACACGCCUGACGCUUGACUUACCCUGACAACUACAGUGGGAUGAACAUGUGGGACUCUUUAUGAGUAUCACACUGUAAUAAUGUUAUUAUCAAUUGAUUUAAAAAAAAGUCAAUUGAAUGGCAACUUCAUACAACAUUCCAAAGAAAUCCCAUGAACACAUGUGUGUUUACAUUGGAGUGUGUGAAUACUGUAAGAUGGCUUUUAGAAUAAUUAACCUCAAAUAAUUGCACAUUGGUGCUAUGCCUUUCCAUAUGGAAAGAGCUCCUAGCACAUAUUAACUGUAAAUAAUGUAAAGAUAAGACCAACCUAAUUUGCUUAUGAAAUAUGUCCAUGUGCAAUAUGCUGUACUGUAAUGUCAAGGAAUUUCCUUCAUCUAUGGUGGAUGUGAAGUUGUCUUUACAAAUUUACAUUGAAAGCAAUCUGAAGCACUUCUUAACAUUUACUGUACACUGAUUUGCCAAAAGGGAGAGUGUGAGGCUCACAGAACUAACAUUUACAGUUACUUACACAUUUAGAUUGUCACUUUUAAAUAAUUCAAUUUGUAUAGGGUGAGAUUUAAGAGAAAAAAAGUUUGAAAAUGUUUACCAAGCUUACAAUUGUGACCGCUUGUCCAGCUUCCAUUUUAAAUAUUUGUCUUUAAUGAAAUAAUGUUUAUGUGCUACAAGGUUUAAUAUUGACCUCCUGUUGAUUGAACUGUAUGUAGGUUACUUGAAGUUUAAGAGAAAUACAAACAAAAAAUACAUAUUUUUGUAUGCCUGUUAGGAAAUAGAAAAGUAAAUUCUAAUAUGUAAUCUAUUUUCACGUUUGAACUUGAUUGUAAUUUGAUUGUGGAAUAAAUAUUUGU